AUGGCGUCAUUGGGACCCGUUCCCCGCAAAUUAAACACCGUCAUCUCAUCCCAUUCCAAAUUCCCACACUUCUCUCCUUCGAAACCCUCCAAUUGCUCUCUCCCUUCCACUCCUCUAUGCUCCUACGCCGUUUCCGAUUCCAAGAACCCCACCACCAACAGCAACAAGAACCGCCAAAACGCGCUGUUUGAUGCAACCACCCUGAACGUUAAUUUGAUUGAGUUGUGCGAAGAGGGUAAGCUUGCUGAAGCUUUGGAACUCAUGGGUCAAGGUUCUGUUGCUGAUUAUGGUGUUUUUCUCGCCAUGUUGAAUUUGUGCGAGGGUACGAGGUCGCUUGAGUAUGGGAAAAGAGUUCAUGAGUUCUUGAGAAUAUCGAGAGAGAAACAUGAGUUCUUGGUGAAGGGAGGUGGCUGUGGCGGUGCUGAGGUGAUGGUGAUGGAGGUUAUGGAGGUUAUGGUGAUGGUGAAGAAGAUGAAGAUGAUGAUGGUGAAUGGUUGGCUCAGAUUGGGGGAGGGUUUGGGAGUGCCACGUAGGUUCGGAAAGGCACGAACUAAGCUCAGAUCCAAGGCGGGGCACUUUUGUCACACGGACAGCAUCUCUCAUGAGUACAAGAUUAGUUUCGAGCUAUCAUAG